CCUAUGAAGCCAGAUGCCUGGGUCAAUAGGACAACUGUCACUGAGUUCAUCCUUCUUGGCCUGACAGAAAACACAAGACUGCAACCCAUCCUUUUUGUCAUCUUCCUCUUUGCCUAUGUAGUCACUGUUGGAGACCUCAGUAUCCUGGCUGCCAUCUUUGUGGAGCCCAAACUCCACACGCUCAUGUACUACUUCCUGGGGAAUCUGUCUCUGCUAGACAUCGGAUGCAUCACUGUCACUGUCCCUCCGAUGCUGGCAUGUCUCCUGGAGUGCAGAGUCCCCUAUGCUGCCUGCAUUUCACAGCUCUUCUUGUUCCAUCUCCUGGCUGGUGUGGACUGUCACCUCCUGACAGCCAUGGCCUAUGACCACUACCUGGCCAUCUGUCAACCCCUCACCUACAGCACCCGCAUGAGCUGUGAAGUCCAAGGAGCCCUGGUGGGCAUUUGCUGCACCAUUUCCUUUAUCAACGUUCUGACUCACACAGUAGCUAUAUCUAUGCUUGAUUUCUGUGGCCCUAAUGUGGUCAAUCACUUCUACUGUGACCUCCCACCCCUUUUCCAGUUCCCCUGCUCCAGCACCCAUGUCAAUGGGCAGCUGCUUUCUGUGGGGGCCACUUUCAUGGAGAUGUUCCCCACGAUCCUUAUCUCAGUGUCCUAUGCCCAUGUCACCACUGCAGUGCUAUGAAUCCAUUCAGCGGAGGGGAAGAAGAAGGUCUUCUCCACAUGUGGCUCCCACCUCACUGUAGUCUGUAUCUUUUAUGGAACUGACUUCUUCAGUUACAUGCGUCUGGGCUCAGUGUCAGCUUCAGAUAAGGACAAGGGGAUUGGGAUCCUCAACACUAUCUUUAGCCCCAUGCUGAACCCGGUCAUCUACAUCCUCCAGAACCUGGAUGUGCAGGGUGCCCUGAAAAGGAUGUUGAUGGGGAAGUGA